AUGAGCCAGGCGCAGCCCUAUGGCCCGCGGAAGAGCAGCUCCCCGGCGCCCGGGACCCGGCGGAACGACAGCCAGGACUACCUGCUGCUGGAUGCGGAGCCCUGCGAGGAGAAUGCCCUGCCGCCCUACGCCUUCUACCCCGUCCGAGGCAACGAGAACAGACUAGCUCUACGAAGACAGACCAUUCUCCGGGAGAAGGGGAGGAGGCAGGCCAGUCGAGGGCCAGCAUAUAUGUUUAAUGACCACUCAACAAGUCUUUCCCUUGAGGAGGAGCGCUUUUUGGAUGCUGCAGAAUACGGAAAUAUUCCAGUGGUUCGCAAAAUGCUGGAAGAAUGUCCCUCCCUCAAUGUGAACUGUGUGGACUACAUGGGACAGAACGCUUUGCAGCUGGCAGUUGCCAAUGAGCACCUGGAGAUCACAGAACUUCUGCUGAAGAAGGAGAAUCUGUCUCGGGUGGGGGAUGCCUUGCUUUUGGCUAUUAGCAAAGGUUACGUUCGGAUAGUGGAAGCCAUCCUAAACCAUCCCGCUUUUGCCGAAGGCAAGAGGCUUGCAUUGAGUCCUAGCCAGUCAGAGCUCCAGCAAGAUGACUUCUAUGCAUAUGAUGAAGAUGGCACACGGUUUUCCCAUGAUGUUACACCAAUCAUUCUGGCUGCUCACUGCCAUGAGUAUGAGAUUGUCCACACUCUGCUGAGAAAAGGAGCUAGGAUCGAUAGGCCGCAUGACUAUUUCUGCAAAUGCAGUGAAUGCAAUCAGAAACAAAAACAUGACUCUUUCAGCCAUUCCAGAUCCAGAAUCAAUGCCUACAAAGGUCUGGCCAGCCCUGCUUAUCUGUCUUUGUCCAGUGAAGACCCUGUAAUGACUGCCUUAGAGCUCAGCAAUGAGCUGGCUGUGCUUGCCAACAUAGAAAAAGAGUUCAAGAAUGAUUACAAGAAACUGUCUAUGCAAUGCAAAGAUUUUGUAGUCGGACUCCUUGAUUUGUGCAGAAAUACAGAAGAAGUGGAAGCUAUUUUGAAUGGUGAUGUAGAGAUGAACCUCAGUAAUGGAGAACACGGCCGCCCCAGCCUUAGCCGCUUAAAACUUGCCAUUAAGUAUGAAGUUAAAAAAUUUGUAGCACAUCCAAACUGCCAGCAACAACUUCUCUCAAUUUGGUAUGAAAAUUUAUCAGGUUUACGGCAGCAGACCAUGGCAGUGAAGUUUCUGGUUGUUCUUGCUGUUGCAAUAGGACUACCCUUCCUUUCAAUGGCUUACUGGAUUGCUCCUUGCAGUAAGCUGGGGAGGAUAAUGCGUGGACCAUUUAUGAAGUUUGUAGCCCAUGCAGCCUCUUUCACCAUUUUUCUUGGUCUGCUUGUCAUGAAUGCAGCUGACAGGUUUGAUGGCACCAAACUCCGACCUAAUGAAACAACAGACAAUGUAAAACAGCUGUUUAGGAUGAAAACAUCAUGUUUCACAUGGAUGGAGAUGCUCAUUAUUUCUUGGGUAAUAGGCAUGAUAUGGUCUGAAUGUAAAGAAAUUUGGUCUCAAGGUCCAAAGGAAUACCUUUUUGAGUUAUGGAAUAUGCUUGAUUUUGGUAUGUUAGCAAUUUUUGCAGCAUCAUUCAUAGCAAGGUUUAUGGCAUUUUGGCAUGCAUCCAGAGCCCAGAACUUCGUUGAUGCACAUAUGAAAGAUCUGACUAGUCCAACACUGGACCCCAGCAUAAAAUACUACACCUUGGCCAGAAUAAACUGGGAUCCGUCCGAUCCUCAGAUCAUAUCUGAAGGGCUGUAUGCAAUUGCGGUUGUGUUAAGUUUCUCAAGAAUAGCCUACAUCUUACCAGCUAAUGAAAGCUUUGGACCACUGCAGAUAUCACUUGGCAGAACCGUGAAAGACAUCUUCAAGUUUAUGGUGAUAUUUAUCAUGGUGUUUGUAGCUUUCAUGAUCGGCAUGUUUAAUCUCUAUUCCUACUAUCUGGGGGCGAAACAAAAUGAAGCAUUCACAACUGUUGAAGAAAGUUUCAAAACAUUGUUCUGGGCUAUAUUUGGACUCUCAGAAGUUAAAUCGGUUGUCAUCAAUUAUAAACACAAAUUUAUUGAAAAUAUUGGUUAUGUCCUUUAUGGAGUCUAUAAUGUUACCAUGGUCAUCGUCUUACUGAACAUGCUUAUUGCAAUGAUCAACAGUUCAUUCCAGGAAAUUGAGGAUGAUGCUGAUGUAGAAUGGAAAUUUGCAAGGGCUAAACUUUGGUUUUCUUACUUUGAAGAAGGGAGAACCCUUCCAGUACCCUUCAACUUAGUGCCAAGCCCAAAAUCUUUGCUGUAUCUCCUAAUCAGAAUCAAAAAAUGUAUUUCUAAACCAUUUCUGUGCCAAAAGAAAAACUUUCAGGAAGAUGCGGAGAUGAACAAGCUUGGUCAAAGGAAGCAGUCAAGUAUAAGAAGCUCAGAUGAAAUUCACUUAAACAGUUUAAACAAUCCUCCAAGACAAUACCAGAAAAUAAUGAAACGUCUCAUUAAAAGAUAUGUAUUGAAAGCUCAGAUAGAUAAGGAAAGUGAUGAAGUUAAUGAAGGUGAACUGAAGGAAAUUAAACAGGACAUCUCAAGUCUCCGGUAUGAACUCCUUGAGGAAAAAUCUCAAAAUUCUGAAGAUCUGGCAGAACUUAUAAGGAAACUUGGGGAAAAACUGUCAAUUGACUCUAAGGAAGAAGAAAGCAAGAGAUAACCAAAAUGUUUAAGAGAUGCAACAGAAUGUUAACAAUUCACUUAAAGCCAUAUUUCUGUUUUUCUCAAGUCUAGCUCACGUUUAUACAGAAGAUUCAGAAAUUAAAUCAUUCCAAUUCUUCAUUGAAAAAACACAGUGACAAAUCCUAUGGGUCUACAGUAGGGAGGAGAUGCCACUUCUGUAAAGAUAUUUAUUCUUUACUUGCUGAAAAAGAGUUAAUUUGAGAUAAUUUAAAUACUCAAUUUAGAAUACUCUUUUAGAAUUCCAGUGGAAUCUUGAUAUCUUGAUAAGGCCAGUCAUGACAGAUUAAAAGCAUAGAUCUAAAAUUUUCCUACAUUACUGUUUCUGUUUAUUUUUUGCAAAUUUCCUUUUGUAAAGAUUCUUACAUAUAUUUUAGUGAAGCAAAAGAGAAAAUUUCCACACUUUUACAUAUAUAUAUAUAUACAUAUAUAUAUAUAUAAAGCUAUUUAAUUUUUCCAGCAUUCCCGGGUGGGGGGAGGAGGUUGGGUUCUUAAAAAUAAUUGAGGAAUGUUUCCAUGCAGAGGUAAAUUAUCAAGAUACGUAUAGCACUGUAUUAUACUUCUCCCAACUUAUCCCUGUCGCUGCUGGACUGGACUAUCCUGAAAGAUCCCUAGGUUCCAAUGGGAGUCAGUGCAUUUAUAAAUAAGUAUUUUUCACCAAGUUUAUUGAAAAGCUAUUGCUGAGACCAGAAGAAAAAUUUUUUUAAUCCAUAAUAUUUAGUUAUUGAUGUUCUAAUCUCUUUCAAAAUUCCCAGGCUCUUCAGUUUUUAUGUCUUGAGCUGAACCUCCCAAACUGCAGGGUAGGGGGUUGAAUGUAACAAUUUUAUUUAAGGUAGAAGAUACUAAAAUGUUAGGUGAAAACCCUCUCUGAAUUCUGGCGGUAGCAUGCAUGGGGGACCAUGUUUCCCCAUAGUUAAACCUGUUUAAAUCAUAACAUUUUCUUCGGAUCUCUCCAUAACAAACAAAAGCAUCUUGUUUCAAAAGUUCAUGAAAUCUCAUCUUCUUUGCAUCCCUCGUCCUUUUUUCCACUGGAGAAAGCUCAGUUCUUGUGCCGUGUUCUUUAGGGCUCCAAAGAAGAAUCUCCAUGCCAUCAGCAGAGGCCUUUAGUGCUUUCAUCCUGCCGACUGCAAUACUUCUAUGUCUCUUUCUGUUAAACCGGAGAUGAGGUGUCUGUCUCUGGCUGUUUGUUGUGUCACUAAUAUGUCCAUGCAGGAUAGUCAGCUAGCUUCUGUCUCUCCAGGUAGAUACAGCAUAAAUUCCAGAUAAUCUUUUCCUCAGUUAAUACAGUAAUUUGUAUUUCCCACUGAUUCUGUGACUGUUAUAAACAUAUAUUAUAUUGGGCAUCUCUCUUCUCUUUAAGCUUGGUUGCGAUUAGUGAAAGGGUUGUGAAAAAUUGUAACAGAGACAUCAAGGUGUAAGAAUGCACCUGUAAAAGACUUGUAUGUUUAAGAAACAAGGAUGGAAAUAUCAGUAAUUGCUUUAAAAUUAGCUUUGUGAAAUUUAUUUAUUACGGAAUGUAUCAGAAUGUUUCUGCCUCUCCCUUUUAGGCUGAUGUUAUUUUUUAAUGAGUUUAGAUUAGUUUCCAUCUGAAUUUACCGAUAGUCCUUUUUAAAAAAAUUUCUGGUGGAAUCACUGUGUAUUUUCAGGGAAAAAAACCAACACGUGUAUUAGAAUGGGUUUUGAAAUCAUAUGGAGACAGGUGGAGGCAAGGGUCUGAAGUCAGCCUGUCCUGAGGUUGUUUGUCACGGUGUGGGGGAACUGCUUGGCACGUUAGUUUAGCCACCACUGGAGCAUGUGGGACAAUCUGUGUCCUUGGGCUCCAGGCGUAAUGAACUCAGGGUUUAUAAACUCCCAAGGCUUCUUCCUCUGAGGGAGAAGAAAAAAAGUGAGGUUUUCAAAGAUAGUAGAGCAUGGACAUUUGGUGUGACCUCAGACUGGAAGGCAAUGUGACCAUAAUUUCACUGCCUUUUGGCUCCUGGACGGUUCCUGGCCAUCUCCCUAGGGCAGGACUGGCCACUGAUUUUGAGUUCCCACUUGAGUAUUUCGGGCCUGGUUUUCUGAAGCAGUGAACAGUUAGUUCAGCACCAUUGAAUGACUGUGUUAGAGGCCAUGCUGCUCAAAGCAUAUCUUCCACCUGUGACAAGCUCCUCAGAAAAUCUGUUGGUCAGAAUUUGAGGUAACAGGGACAGUCAACAUCUGCUUUUGGUAAUCAGAAGUCUUUAGUUUUUGGUCAUUGUAAUGUGCAGUUUGGACCUGCUCUAGUGCUAGGUGAUGGUAAACCUUCACUCUCCAUAAACUCACUGAAAAGAAGUACAUGAACACAGUUUAAGAUCCAGGCUCUUCUAAAGAUUUUUAUUACAGAGAUAAAAUGUACACUGUGAAUUUGUUUAAGUCCAAAAUUUGGCUUACCUUAAAACAAUCAGAUCGUAAUGUAUAUAUUGUAUUUCAUUAAGAAAAUACAUAUGGAUUUUUUAUUUCAAUGAAGAUAUUUUAUAUAUAGUUAUUACUCAUGGAACAGUUUGUUAAAUAUAUUUGAAGAGGUCUAUUACCAAAUGUAGUGUGACAAGCAAUGUAGUAUUCAAAAUGAGCACAAUACCAAAUAUAUUAUUCUGUUUAAAAAAAAAAUUAAAUGUAUCAGACUCAAAAUAUCUUUGUGAUGCAUUGUAUGAAUAUGUUGGUAUUUCACUGGGAACCAUUGGAUGCUCUUGCUUGGAAGACUAAUGUGAUAAAUACUUUCAUUUGCAGCAACACUAAUACAAAAAAAAGUUUCAAAGAAGGUACAAGGGUCUUUUCAUACUUGAUUAGAUUCAAGGCCAAGUAUUUUGUCUGCUGUGACUAACUGUGACUCAUGCCAGAUGUUUCAGAACAUCUGCAGUAGGUAACAGAUAAUUUUCAUCUUAUAUAGUUCUUCUUUUGGUUUCUAAUAAAAAAGAUUGAUAUAACUUUGA